AACUGUGCUUCUGCAUUCUUCAGCCAUAUAAACCUGAAUUUAUCCCGUCUAAGUGACAGAAACAGCUUACUGGGGACUGGUCAUGGACACCUCUGCUGUCAUUCUGCUUGUCCUUCUCCUGGGGACACUCAACACAGUCCAGUGCCAGUAUGAAGAGGCAAAAUCUGAGGAUGUUGAAGAAGGUGGCCCUCUUGGUUUGAGAAGAGACAAGUUCUCAGAGGAGGAUAACAUAGUGUCCAAUCUGAUUGAAAGGGCUACUGACAAGAAGGAAGACGAUAUCCCUGAGGAGGAGAAGUACACCGUGUCUGGUCUGAUUGAAAGGGCCAGCAAGAAUGCAGGGCAAGCGCUUGAUGACCCAGAGAUCACAGAGGGUGAUAUCGCAGUGUACACUGGGUUCCAGAACGCUGACCCCUGCACCUCGCAUGGCUGCAAGUGGCCUCGUGCCCGGGACGGCUUAGUCUAUGUGCCUUACUACAUCUCUAACCAGUACUCGUCCCGUGAAAGAGCCACCAUUGAGAGGGGCCUGCAGUCUUUUGCCCAGUCCACCUGUAUCCGCUUCCGACGACGCACAAGGGAGAGAGACUAUGUGCACAUCCAGUCACGCUCAGGGUGCUGGUCCUUCGUGGGGCGUAGAGGUGGAGAACAGAUUUUGUCCCUGGAUCGACGGGGGUGUGUGUACCACAUGGUGAUUCAGCAUGAGCUCCUGCACGCCCUGGGCUUCAACCACGAGCAGUGCCGCAGUGACCGUGACCAACACGUCUAUAUUUAUUACCAGAACAUCGUCAGAGGACUGGCAUACGCCUUCAACAAGAUUAACACCAACAACCUGGGCACCCCCUAUGACUACGGCUCCGUCAUGCAUUACGGAAGGUAUGCCUUCUCCGCAAACCGGCAGCCCACCAUUGUCCCCAUUCCCAACGCCAAUGUGCAGAUCGGGAGAGCCACCCAGAUGAGCCGCAUGGACAUCCUGCGGGUCCAACGCCUCUAUGGAUGCAAAUAAGUCGGGUUGUGGCUGACAAUAUGAAGACCCUAGACCGCAACUCAAAAGAAGUGGCUUUCCCGCUCAAUUGCAUAAAUGAAAAAAAAAGUUGUCUGAUUGAUGAUCUGAUCUGAUUGUGUACCCUUCUAACGAGACAGUUUUGUUAGCUUUCAUGUUUAAACCAAUAAAGUUUGGCAGAGUGAAAUCAAUAGUUU